GUAUGUUAUAAUAAUAAUUUCCUUGAUAGGCAUGUACAGAGAUGGUUAUGCCUACUUGCCAGAAUGGUGUAACUGAUAUGUUUGAGCCUGUGCCAUGGAAUUUUUCUUCUUAUUCAGACAGUUGCUGGCAAAAAUGGAAAGUAAAGGCUGAUUUGAAAAAGGCUGUUAUUAUUUAUGGAGGGAAAAAUAUCACAGCUUCAAGCAAUAUAAUAUUUAGCAAUGGAAAACUGGAUCCAUGGUACAGUGGUGGUGUUUUAAAGUCUCUAUCUGAUACUCUAAUAGCAAUACAAAUUGAAAAUGCUGCUCACCACUUAGACUUAAGAGCUUCAAAUCCAUCUGAUCCUCAAUCAGUUAAAAAGGCAAGAAGAAUCAUACUGAGUUGGAUUGCAAAAUGGAUCUCCAGGCCCAAAAUAUACAUCUAACUUCUUUAAUAAUCAGCAUACAUAACUGAUGCCUUUUUAUUAGCUUAUAUACUUAAUUUGCAUUUUACGAAACUAGAGGUUUUAUCAGCAAGUUAGAUUUAUAGUAAUUUUUGCCUUUAGAUACAAGAUUUUAGUACAUUUUUUAAUAUAUUAAUAUAAAAUUCCAUUAACAACUUAAAUUCAGUUGUUUGUUUAGUUGAUAUGAAAUAAAAUUUGUUCUAUAUAUUUAUAAAUACUGUAAAUAAACUUUGUUGAUGCUUGAUGCACACUGCUUGAAAAUAACAAUUAUUCUUAUUUUCAAAUCUAUUGAAGUCAAAAUUUAAGAUAAUCAUGCAAAGGCCAGACUACCCGACCAAAUUUAUACAGUUUGAGUAGAUUAUUUUUGUCAUAUUUUUCAAGAAAAUGGAGUCAUGGAAAAGAGAAUGGACGAAACUUUUGCUUAUCAGUGCUAAUUAAUGUACAAACGUAUAUAAAUAACUGAAAAACAUGAUUAGUAUAAAAAUGUUUAUAAAAUACAGCUGAAAUUUAUGUAUGAGUACACUUCUCUUAAAAAAAUGCAGAUGUUAUAAAAUGAACACCACCAUUUAAAAUAAAAUUAAAAUUUGGGAAAAAAUACAUAAUUUAUUCAUUGAAGAAAUUCCCUCAACCUAUAUAUACAUAGAAAGAGGAAGCUGUAUUGGCAUUCUUUUAACAAAUGUGUGCAAAAACUGUGAUGAUGAAUAAGAUGUAGUUAAUAUGGCCUUGCUUUAUUCAUCAACAUAACCUAAUAGCUUUUCAAAGCACUCUUUUGCCUAAUAUGCUAGUCUGCCUCCAUUUGCAUCAUUCACUCAAUGUUUUGCUCUCAUAAAUCAGAUAACCUUCAUUCUCCAUUCUGUGUAUUCUCAGGCUGCAGCUUCAUUGGAUUUCCUGCUAGAGAUAGCAAAUCUACCCACUUUUUGAUUAUGAGUAAUUUGGUAAAACUUCAAACUAAAACUGGUUUAUCAGUAACUUUUACUAGCAUUUUUGUUUUCCAAAGCAUUUAUUGAAAAUCAAGAGUAAAUAAUAAAAUAAGGCAUUUACUAAAAUUCAAAACAAUUUGUGAUAUGUUAAAUUAAUGUAUAUACAUGGUGCCCCUGAAUUCAUGGAAAAAACCUUAAGGUUAGGUAAAAUACGUAUAACAAGCAUGUUUUGUAUAGCAAUGUGGGUUGGAAAUGAAAAGUGUAGGCAGAAAAACAGGAAAUGAAAAAAAGCUUUUUAUUUACAUAUUACAGGUAAGUGCUCAGAUGUGCCAUCAAUGCAGGCUUGGUAGCUUCUAGCAAGUCACUGGCAUACUCUUUCGAAGAUGCCAGAUGUUUCACGAAAAGUUGCAGCAGCGACUGAAAUUUUUGCAAUGAGCUCCUCAUCAGAGUCAACUGGAGUCUUGUAGAUGAGUUCCUUGAGGUGUCCACAUAAGAAAAAAUCGAUACUUGAUAAAUGUAGUGAACGUGCAGGCGAAGCAACUGGUCCCCCUCGUGCAACCCAUCGAGGGUAAAGAUGGUAUUGAGGUAAUUAUGCACAUUAUUGCAGAAAUGGGCUAUAACCCAUGGCAUUUCAAAGAGUAACUGGAAAGCUAUCGGAUGAUUCCGGUAAUAUCUCUUCUAGAAAUAUUCAAUACGUUGUGCUGUUGAGUCACAUGAAUAUAGUGCAAAUUAAGAACUACAUCUCGUGUAAAGGUCGCCAGUGAAAAAUACGGUUGCAGAGAAGCUCAGAAUAAAUGUACUCUGCUGCAAAAACCAAUGAUAGAAAUCUAAAUGGCAAGGAUAAUCAGCUGCAUUCAGUAUUUGUGUUCUCUAUAAGUGGUAUGGAAAAAGUCUUUCCUUGUGUAAAAUUUUCCAUAUGGUAUUUUUACCUGACAUCUGUAGUCUGUGCAAUUGAUCUUGAACUAGGAUUUUUUUCAACCUCUCUCAGAAUAUGUUUUUCCAUUUCUGGAACUUGUAAAUGUCUUGAGAGACCAGCAUUCGGUCUCUUGACAUGAAAUGAACCACUCUCGCAAAAGCUGGUGGUGUAAACACAGAACAAUUUGUGAUCUGGCUUUGUCCUGUUAAGGAAACAUUCAUGCUACAAUGUUAACACUCCUCUUCUGGUACAAUUUGCAUGUCUCAGAUAGCAUAAACUGCUCCAUCACUCACAAAAUUUUCUAGAAGCGAAGAAUUAUUUGAAACUCACAUAAUGCCAUUCAAACUCAAAAAAUUGAUUUGCAGAUUUGAUACUGCAAACUAAAUAAACCUGCAAAUUUGAUAUUUUUCUUCCCCAAAAGCUAUGUCAAUUGUGUACUUAAAAAAAAUCUUUUAGAAAAAUACAUAUAGCAUAAGUGUUUGUGACACUGCCCUCUACCAUCCACAAUAUACCCUGAUCAUUGAAUCAAUACUUCCAUGGCUUUAUCACUAUUAAUGAUUAGAUGUUUCAGCACUUAAUGUAAUAUUGUGUAAAUAAAGAGUUUUUUUUUCCAUUU